AUGGCUCGAAACCCGUAUGACACGUUCGUCUCCGCGUGGAAGUUUUUGACGCAAAUAUACCCGGAGUUUCUUCAUGAAAUGACAAUGGAAGAUUAUUCAGAGAUCUUUUGUAAGGGCGAGGAUGCGUUUGGGCCGCAUUGGGAUCAUGUAUUAGGGUAUUGGAAAGAGAGCUUGGAGAGGCCUAAUAAGGUGUUGUUCAUCAAGUACGAGGAUAUGAAGGAAAAUGGGAUAGUUGAGAUGAAGAGAUUAGCUGAGUUUUUAGGGUGUGGAUUUUCCCUAGAGGAGGAGAAACAUGGGGUUAUAGAGGAGAUUAUGAAGCUGUGUAGCCUGAGUCAUUUGAAGGAAUUGGAGGUGAAUAAAACUGGGAAGUAUGUGCCAAUAUUCGGAAACAAUUUGUACUUUAGAAAGGGUGAGGUUGGUGAUUGGGUUAACCAUUUCAGCCCUACUAUGGUUGAGAGAUUUGAUCAAAUGAUGAAAGAAAAAUUUUCUGGUUCUGGUCUGGAGUUUAGGAUGUAA